AUGAUCACAGUGCUGCUGCUGCUUCUGAUGAUGAAGUCAGGUACUGUGAGUGCUGUUUCGUCCGUGACAUUUGAAAACCAAGAUCUUUGUGCUUUGAAGGGAUCAUCUGUGACCUUGAGGUGCUUAUACAACUACACAGUUGGAAAAACUGUUAGAAAGACUGCAUGGUUCAAGGGACACUUAGAGAAAGGCCUCUGGAAGCGAGUCGAGCUUUCGGGCCUUCCGUCGUAUCGCAAUCGUACUGAAUAUCUUGGUGACCGGCAGCACAACUGCAGCCUGGCAAUUCAUGACCUGAGGGAAGAUGACACUGGACAUUACUACUUCAGGUUUGACACGGAUACGUUAGGAAUUCGCAGUAGAGGUUCUGUGUUUCUGACUGUCUCAGAGGUGAGAGCCAGGGUGCACCCAGCAACAGCGAGAGCUGGAAAAAAGGUGACUCUUGAAUGUGUAACAUCCUGCACACCUGCCAGCACACUCUGGUUCAAAGAUGGACAUCCAAUAACAAAAUCAUUGUUGCAAGCACAGGCAGAAGAUGCUGGGAAAUAUUCAUGCACUGUCAAAGGACAUGAAUCUGUGCAAUCACACCCUGUUGAUUUGAAUGUUCUGUAUUCUCCAGUGAAUGUGUCUGUUAAAGUGAGUCAUGCUGGCCUCCUGGCGGUCGGCAGAAGUGUGAAUCUGACCUGCAGCAGUGCUGCCAACCCUAAAGCAGACAGCUACACCUGGUACAGCUCCAGGUCCCUGCUUCAAGUGGCCUCAGGCCGGGUGCUGUCUCUUAACUCUUUGGAGGUGUCCCACAGUGGACUCUAUCUCUGCCAAGUCAGGAACCGUCUGGGAGAAAACAACUCAACUGCGGUGCUGCUGACAGUGGGCGAGACAAAGAUUACUCGUUUCAUCCUCCUCCUUGGUAUUGGAAUCAAAGUGGUUAUGGUGCUUUUCCUGACGCUGAUCAUUACCUGGGCUUGGAGGGACUGGUUUAAUUCUGCUGAGGACAAUGAGAUGGACAGCCAUGAUUAUGAAAAUUGCAGAAUGUGA